AUGUUGGUUUAUGAACUCUUAACUUUUCUUGAACUGACAGGGUUUUCAUUAGCUGGUUCGUGGACGCAUAUUAAUUUUUUUUUGUUAUCGAAAUUUCUCAAGACUAUAGAAAAAUGGGAAGAGAUCUUUUCUAUUAAAACCAGCGUCGUUCUAAAAAAGAUACGAAUAGGGACAACAAAAGAUAACGCGAGCAGCUAUAUAGCUGCAGCUCUUUCAUUCCUUUUUCAACUUGGCCUGCCUUCGUUCUCGAGAUUUUUUUUAGAAUUGGCUUACAGACGUCUAAAUAUCAGCCAUUUCUCGGACUGUUGCAGAAAGGCUGGAAAGUAGAGUUUGAAAAGAUGUAAAACGAUAUUUUUAUGGCCAUUAAAAAAAAAAGAUCUUUCACAGACCUCCCUUCAUUUGUCUGCCUCUAUUGUAAAGGAUUGUGUUUUUUUCAAUGGCUUUAUUCUUCUCCUAACUUUGUGAGCUUUGUUUUUUUGUCCAGUUUUUUUCAUUUGAGAAUUUGUUUUUAAUUUUUUUCUUGUCUAUUACAACUUUUCUGAUAGAUUCGCCUGUCAAUCUUUCGCUUUGAUUUAAUUUUGUUUCAGAUUUUAAAUGUCAACUAGCUAACUCCGCCCAUGCUGGCACAGACACUUUUCGUGUCGAUGUUUUAUCGCGCGGGAUGAUUUUUGAUCUUUUUUGUUCUUGUAGAUAAAAAAAAAAUAAGUCUAAAAAUGCAGCCGUAUUAAAGUUUCAUCGUCAUCUGCGAUGAAACAUUGACGCCAAAGAUAUUGCAGCCUUGGGGGCGGAGUCAGCUGCUUGCCAUUCAAAAUCUGAACAGUUGAAGCAGUUAACGGCCAAGGAGCUACAUGAUACUCUUUUUUCAUAUGAACUCAUAACGGACAAACCAUUUGAAAAAAGGUAAAAUUCAGAAAAAAAAAACAUGUCACAUGUAGUAGAGUUUUGAGAUUUCGUGAAAUCAAAGGUAAGAAAUUAUUCGUGAAUAUAUAAUUAUUUCUCUUCAAAAAGCUACUUUUUUUUGUAGUUUUUUCGCAGCACUUCUGAAGCCCGAAAAUUUGGGGAUUUUUGAUAAGUUUCUGAGCUCGUUUCUGUUUUAUGGCUUAAAUAGCCUUCGAAUUUCCAAGAUGCCAUCAUUGAGAUACACGGAUUAGGUGCUCGUCGAGCAGAUUGCAAAUAAGGUUCCUGCAGACGAGAGGACACUCUCCGGCGACCUCGCAUGAUGUAUCUGGUCUCUCUUCUUCGCGGUGACCUGUCAUGGAGGGGCCGCGCAGCCUGCUGCUGCAACAAACCUCCAAUCGAUCGGACUGCCAGUUGAGCGCCCACCCAGCCACGAGACAAUAUUCGCACCCGCUGUCCUCCGCUUGCCGACUCUCUUCCCAGCGUCCUUCGUCUUGCCUAUUCCGCUUCAAUGUCCACGUCGCCGGUGCCGCAGGCCAAGCCGGCUAAAAUACCUCGAGAGGUAUGUCUCUGGCGGCUGUCCGAGGGUUUGAAGAAUCUAUAGUUAGAGCGUGAAAGCUCUUCUUCUCAAAAAAAAUUGGAUGUAUCGAAGAGAAAAAAAAUAUGGUUACCAACUACUGAUUAUAGAGAAGCGAAUAAUGUUAUAUGUUUGAGGAAUUGGGCGAUCGUGUGAACAAUGUUAAUUUUUGAGACGAACAAACAUAUUUUCAAAUUGCCGCGUAACAUGAAAGUUUUCUUUUUGAGUUUUAUACUUUUUGCAUGUUUUCUGAGGGACUAAAAAAUUCUCUGAUCAUUUCCCUAUUUGGUUUUCUGAGAAUUAAUGUCCUUCUCAAAUCAUUAGUUUCUCGUUUCAACGUUUUCUAGUAAUUUUAGAGGUUGCAACAGCUGAGUAUGAGUUGAAAAUUUGUCCGUUUUUUCUUUCAAAGUUUGAAUGCAACGCUGUAAAAAAGAAUGUUUUUGGAAGCCACGCCCCUUCUGCGUGCGAAAAAAAAAACUCGGGUUUUUAUACAUGAAAGCGGAAGACUGAUCUAGUAUAAUUAAAACGGAUGCUUGAAUCAGAUCUUCCAAAUUAUCAAAGUGAGAAUUGUUCGGGUUAUAAAACUUGUUAACCUCACACCUUUAAGAUGAGCAAUCACGUUGUCAAGCUGGUCUUGGAACGGAGUGACGACCUCAUCAAGAACUCUUACCGGAGGUUAACCACAGAAAAUGUGGCGCGGAACGAACACUGGCAAAAGAUUGCCGAGAUGGUCGCCGCUCGUUUUGGACAGCCCGUGGACGCCGACCGCAUCAAGCAGCAUUUUCAUAACCGCAAGAAAGUCCUUAUCGCAAGGAUAAAAGACGAAAUGCGGUGAGAACCUUCGUUUUUGGUCUCUUUUACGAAGAAUUUUUUUGACCUUUUGCUUUUUUUAAAACUUUCUCUGUGUAUCCAAUUUUCAUAGAAUCUUUUUCAGUACUUUCCAAACUGGUUUGAACACGGACGAGAAAAUUGAAGAACUCUUGCGACGACGUGUUUUUGGCGGAGAUCAUGAUGAACAGUUGGCUCGUAUUUGUCUUGAUAUGGAAGACGAAGAGAAGAAAAAUGAACCGGUAACCUUCGAGGACUUUUGAAUGCGAAAAAACGUUUUGCAGGAGAACCAGAGCUCGUACAACGCCUUCGGAGAGGCUUCUCAUCAUUCUUUGUUGUGAGUUGAUGGUUGUUUUCGAUACAUCUGGGAAUACUCUUUAUUUUUUUAUCAUUGUUGAAAUGGUUUAAUAGUUUGAGAUUUAUUUCUCAAAAUAAAACACAAAAGAUUCAAUUCAUGAGAUAAAAAAAGCUCAAUCAUAGAAAAAUGGAAUUUUUUUGAAAAAUGAAGUUUUUUUUUCCAGACUUCAGAAACGCUUUUUCCUUUUUUCUUUAUCCAACAAUUUACUCGUUGUUGUUGUUGCAUCUUUUCCAUUCGUGAUCCAUUUUUUUUUUUGACAAAAUGGGAUAUAUUCUGUCUUAACUAUUUAUCACGGAAAUUUGAACCUGAAAUCGAAAGAUUUGAGUUUUCGUUUUGAAACAAUUUUGGAAAAUGAAUUAUCUGUAAAUUCCGAAAAAAAGAUAAAUACUCACAGCGAUUGAUUCUGAAAAGUGAGAAUUACUUUUUUUGAACUUAGUUUUUUUAAAUUUUCACUUUUUAUAAUAGAUGAUAAAUUUCCUCAAUCGAUUGUAUCUUGAUUCCUUGUCAAAUUUAAAUAGAUGGGUAUAGAGUUCUGAUAACUAUCCUGAAAACUUUUAAAAACUCGGUAAACUUUCAAUUUUGGUUGUGAAAAAUUUUGAUUUUUCUGUGUUUGGGAAGAAAUUUGCAGGCUUUCGUAAAAUAUUCAACGAAGCUUUACAAAAACAAAAACUUCUUAAAAUUGCUCUCUUCUGAAUAGAAAAUAGUUGAAAAACAGAGUUUCUGCAGAUCACAGCUCCUCAGCUCGACGACGAUACCUGAUUGUAACGCCUCACUCGCAGGUUCGAGUCGCGAAUCCGAACAGGUUGGCGCCGCCCUUUUCCUUUUGCUGGCACCCUUCGAUUCGCAUCCGCGACAAGGAUGAAAAAUCGUCGCCAUUUGGAAUGACUAUCACUUUUUGCAGCCGACGCAUCAUCCAACGCCACUACUCAGCAAAUUGCUGCUUGGCCAGACCUCCCGCGACGACGCGAUUUACAACAACAACAACUACUUGUCGCACCUUAUCGUCGACCUGACGUCACCAAAUGAGCUGAAAAGGCUACUCUCUGUCCUUGUCAGUAACUUCUUUUUCAUUGUUAUAGAAGAGGGGAUCAUCCGCUGGGAAUAUGAAAAAUUUCAUUAUUUCAACGCAAAAGAAAGAGAACCCUUACUAAUUCAAACUCUUCGACUUAAAAAAUAUGGAAAUAGUACUUUUUACUUCAGAUGUUUAGGCACUUAAGUAAUGUUUUUUUUUUCUUCUCAUCAAAUGUCAAACAUUUUAAACGAGCGAAACUUCAGAUUUCGCUCGUUUCAAGUUAUUUGUUUUUUAUUUUUAAUUUGUCGACAUCUUAAAAAAACGAAGUUGUAAAUCGAAAAAAAAGUGUUCUAUAACUUGAAUUUGUCUAGCUGCUGCUCAAGAAAAAAUUAGUUCAAACUGUUUUCAACGUUUCACUUAUUGUGGUCGGAAACCCUGCGUGGUUCACUUCUUCAUCUCAAAAAUGAUGGGAGUUUGCACAAAUUGUCAAAUUUAGUCUUCACAUGUUUUGUGAGAGACAUAUUAACGCGACUAUGGGACCAUGAACCAUCUGGUCUUCGUUUUUUUCUUCUUCUGGGAAACUAGUUACGCAGGGAAAAUUUCUCGAAUGGCUUUCAAAAGCUCCCUUGGCUGUUAAAAUUUCUAGUAAACAAAAAUACGAGCGAUAAAAUCCAUAUGAAGCGAUGUUGGGAUAACAAGUCAUCGGAAAACACCUUGUUGGCUGGCGCUAUUGACAAUGGCAGCGGAAAGGAAGGAACAGGGCGAAAGAGACUGGAGAGCGGCCAGUGAGUGUGUGCGACGGAGAGUGUGCCGGAGAGCGUGAGCGCGUGUGUGCGGUGCGUGUGCGCCGUGAGCGGCUCACAAAUUCAUCUGAGCUUUUUUCGUCGACAGUCGUACCAUCUACGGAUUGCAGAUCGACCACGGCUUCUCGAGAUUCACCCACGUCGACUCUUUAUCGCAAGUCGCCGCUCGGCACAGUUCUAACUUGACCAAUGGACACGCCGCACAAAACUUCGACUCGAUUUUCGACAAGUUUGUCCACUUCUUUCUGAAAAUUACACUUUGAACGACUUGGCCUAUACUACCAGACGACGUCAGCCUUUCAUUUUGCAUUUUUCUAUUCCGUGUUAAAGUUUUUUUAGUACUCUAGGCAAUCAUACGCAGAUCUUUUUUUUACUUUCAUUCUUUAAUACUGAAUACUAGUAUUUUCAAGCUCUCGAAAAAACUAUUUUUGAGGAAUGCUUUUUCCAGAAUUUAUUCUAUCCGCAAUAAAAAGAAACAGAAAAAAACGAGAGUGUUAAAAUUUCUACCAUUUUUCGUAGUUAGGUUUACUUCUGCACUGAUUGUGAGAGAGUGAAGAGCCCUGACUUCAAAAAUUUACAGAUAAAUGAAUGAAACUUUCUAGAUGAUCUAUGUUUCAAUUCAUUUUUAUAAAAUUUUUUGACUUAGGUUUAACCUCAAAAUCUUAGUUUUUUAAGUUGUUUGAAAAUUUUUUCUAAUCAGUUAGUAAUUUAAACUUUUAUUCCGUUUUAGAGAUGAUGACGUUAUGCUUUGGAACGGAACGAGUGGCCUGCAGACCAACGAAGAGACCGUGAGUGGAGAAAUCGAUGUGCAGGCCAUAUCUGACAGGUUUUUUCUGUUCCUUCUCAGCCUGGGAGAGUUUUCGAGUUUCAGAGUCGAAAGAGUCGACGUCGAAGUGAAGGCCGAAACGAGCGUCGACGAGCACGAAGCCAUGCUGGCAGACGUCCAGAAGGUGGGACUACAUCUCUGGGAAAUCCAAAGAAAAGUUUCAGAAGAGCAUGGCUUUGUUCGAAAGAAAGUCUCCUGAUUUGACAGCACCGCCCUCGGCUAAAAGGAUAAGAAACAACGGGACGGUCGACGCUCCAACUGUACCUUGCGAGGUCAUUUGUUUUUCUAGUUUUCAAAGGAUUUGUAUACUUUUUGUUCGUGAAGGCGAUUCUUAAAGAAAGUCAUCCAACAAAAAAGUUCAAAAUCUUCUCAGCUUCGGGAUAAGGCUCUUUUUAUGUUUGAGAUUGAAACUUUUACUAAAAAAAUGUUCUCUCUCAAAAAUGUUCUCUUAUAAAAUGGCUAUUUAUUUUCCUUUUUUUCUUACUAUAAAAAAGUUAUAGUAGCUGAAAUACAUACAAAAAUUGUUUAAAGAAGUGUGACAGGGAAAUGCGAAACAGCUGAUUUUUUGUAGAUGUGCAACUCAGUGAUAAGGCUGAACACGGGAGGGUCCAAGUGGAACUUGUUCGAACACGUCGUUUUGAAGCACUCGGACCAUAGGCCUUUCAAAUGCUCGCAGUGUCCCUACGAAGCGGCCAGAAAAGUUCGCCGCCUUUUCUGAAUUUUCUCAAAAGUUUUUUCAAGAUUCGGAUCCGACAACACGCUUCAUCGCUACAUGGAACCGACGCCGAGCCAGUCGAUAAUGUGUACGUUGAAAUCAAAUUUUUGCAGUUAGCCUGGAAGAAUAUUACAGGACACCGCAAAUUCGGAAAGAAUGGUCCGAGAAAAUGGCCAUUUGUUUUCCGUCGCACCAGUACGGCAAACAGUACGCUGAAGCAACCUCAUGA